AUGUCGAAACAGUGCUAUGCGCUGCACCUUCAACAUGGAGAAUUGAAGUGGAUAUGCGCACACUGCGAGGCUCUGAUAGAGGAAUGUUCACGCAUUGUGAAAGGGGACUUGGUAGGGGCUAGCGUUAAAAAUACUGUGAAGGAAAACAAUGGAAAGGAAAAAAUCACGAGUACAAAGGGAAAGAAACCACGUAAAGGGGCUACGGCUAAACCGUUGGAGUCGAUAGAAGUGACUGCACGUAUGGAACAGUUGGAGAAAGAUCUCCGAGAACUGCAACGCACCACACUCACGCAAUACUGGGUCGAACGAUAA